AUGCGAGGAUGUCUGCAGUUAGCCCGAUGGCUGAGCGCAACGCCGAGAUGUCCGGCAGCGGGCCUCAGGUCGUCGGCUUGCUUUCCAUCCCAGUAUAAUUCCCUACGAACAUUUACAGCAUCUGCAGUAUGGAGAGCCCGGUCGAAAGCACCUUCUAGCUCCCCGGACACCGAUCUAGAAUGCCGCAUCGCCAAUAUCCCAAUUGAUCGAUACCGCAACUUCUGCAUUGUCGCACACGUCGAUCAUGGCAAGAGCACGCUUUCCGAUCGCUUGCUCGAGCUUACGGGUACAAUUCAGCCAGGAACGAACAAACAAGUCCUAGACAAGCUGGAUGUCGAGCGCGAGCGUGGAAUCACGGUCAAGGCACAGACAUGUACCAUGAUCUACAACCAUCAAGGCGAGGACUAUCUGCUGCAUCUGGUAGAUACGCCCGGCCACGUCGAUUUUCGCGCUGAGGUGUCGCGCAGUUAUGCCAGCUGCGGAGGAGCUCUGCUCUUAGUCGACGCCAGUCAGGGUGUUCAGGCGCAAACGGUGGCCAAUUUCUACCUUGCUUUUGCCCAGGGUCUGGAAUUGAUACCUGUCAUCAACAAGGUCGACCUCCCAUCUGCGGACCCGGAGCGAGCUUUAGAUCAAAUGAAAAGCACGUUUGAACUUGACACAGAGAAUGCAGUGAUGGUGUCAGCUAAGACUGGAUUGAACGUUGGAGCUAUUUUGCCGACGGUCGUUGAGAAGAUCCCAGCGCCCAUUGGCGACACGAAAAAACCUCUUCGAAUGCUACUUGUCGAUUCUUGGUACGACUCCUAUAAAGGCGUGAUUCUUCUGGUGCGUGUUUUCGAUGGCGAGGUGCGUGCAGGUCAGCAACUCGUGUCAUUUGUGACAGGUAUCAGGUACUAUGUGGGCGAAGUCGGCAUUAUGUACCCCACUGAAACUGCUCAAACGGUUCUUCGGGCAGGUCAGGUUGGCUAUAUUUACUUCAAUCCCGGUAUGAAACGAAGCAAGGAAGCCAAAAUCGGCGAUACAUUCACAACUGUCGGCUCCGAAAAGACCGUCGAGCCUCUACCUGGCUUCGAGGAACCUAAAUCAAUGGUCUUUGUUGCCGUUUACCCCAUGAAUGCGGAUCAUUUUGAGCACCUUGAGGAUAGCAUCAACCAGCUGAUUCUGAAUGACCGUAGUAUUACGGUUCAGAAAGAAUCUUCUGAGGCUCUCGGGGCUGGAUUUCGUAUGGGCUUCUUGGGCACUCUUCAUUGCUCAGUGUUUGAGGAUCGUCUGCGACAAGAGCACGGUGCUAGCAUCAUCAUCACUCCUCCAUCUGUUCCCGUCAAGAUCGUAUGGAAGGAUGGCACCGAAGAGAUCAUCACCAACCCAGCCAAGUUUCCCGAUGAUGAUAGUGUGCGGUUAAAGGUUGCCGAAGUUCAAGAGCCGUACGUGCUAGCCACUUUGACUUUCCCUGACGAAUACCUGGGCAAGGUCAUUGAGCUCUGUGAGGCCAACCGGGGCGAACAGCAAAGUAUCGAGUACUUCACAUCUAGCCAGGUUAUACUAAAGUAUGAGCUGCCAUUGGCACACCUGGUUGAUGACUUCUUCGGAAAGCUGAAGGGAUCUACCAAGGGCUAUGCCAGUCUCGACUACGAGGAGUCUGCUUGGCGGGCCGGGAAUAUUGUCAAGCUUCAGCUCCUUGUGAACAAGGUUCCUGUCGAUGCCGUGUCGCGAAUCAUGCAUAUGGGUCAAGUAGCCCGACAGGGCAGACUGUGGGUGACGAAGUUCAAGCAACAUGUCGACCGACAGCUUUUCGAAAUCAUCAUCCAGGCUGCUGUCGGCAAGAAGAUCAUUGCUCGUGAAACCAUCAAACCAUAUCGCAAAGAUGUAUUAGCCAAGUUGCAUGCCAGUGAUGUAAGUCGUCGCCGGAAGCUGUUGGAGAAACAAAAGGAAGGCCGAAAGAAACUCCGGGCGGUUGGAAAUGUGGUCAUUGAGCACAAGGCAUUCCAGGCAUUCUUAUCUAAAUAA